AUGGCACCGCUGCUCCCCGCAGCAGCAGCUGCUGCAGCAACGGUUCUUCGUCGUGGGGCCGCGCGCCUUGCUGCAGCACAUGGAGGGGGACCCCUGCGCCUGCUCCCAUCCUCAUAUUUCCAGCAGCAGCAGCAACAGCAGCAGCAGCAGCAGCGACCCUUCAGUAGCGUGCGUGGGCGCUUCAGCCGCGACAGCAGCAGCAGCAGCAGCAUGUGGAAAACUGUCUUUGGGUCUGUUGGAGGGGCUGCUGUGGGGCUGCUUGCCGGUUGGAAGGCGCAUGCAGCUACUGCAGCAGCAGCAGAAGACUUCGGCGCUGCAGCUGCUGUGCGCCUCUGCCCUGCAAAGGCCUGUACUACUACAAGCAGCAGCAGCAGCAGCAGCAGCAGCAGAGAGAUGCCUGAAGGGAAUCUACAGAUAUUUAAGCCCCCUCAAGUUCAGGCUUGGCAGGAAUUCUUGAGGACUCGCGAAGGCUUCGUCUCGUUGCAGAUCCUUGCCCAACCCCCCGCAGACCACCGAACUGCUGCUGCUGCUGCUGCUGCUGUUCCUGCUGCAGCAGAGUUUGGCGAGCAACUAGGCACAAUCUUAUGGAAGGACCAGGCAGCACUUCAGGCUGCGGAGGCGGAGGCCCACAACCGCGUUGCGCAGCUGUCACUGCAGCAGCAGCAGCAGCAAGAGCAGCAGGGGCAACAGCAGCCGCUGCCCAAGCAGCAGCAGCAGGUGCAGCUACUUGCCGAUGCCUUAACGUGGCCCUCAAGAGCCUAUAUGAUGGAUUCCAGGGCUGCAGCGCCUCUGUGGCUGGCCCUGCGCUGA